UAUAACUAACUAAAUGCAGAAAAACACUGAUGACGCUGACAUGUUCCCGCCCACAUCAAAGAUGUUUUAUAUAGGCCAUGAGUUCCUGUCUGCUGUCAAGUUAGACAAUGAGGCUGAGAGCGUUUCUGAUUGCAGUGUCAGACUUGGACUGAACCUUGCCUACACAAACUAUCAACAUGUCUGCUAUCUGGGUUAAGAUCUCCACCAUCCUCUGUCUGUGCUACGCAGCAGAGAUGAAAGGAGUGAUUUGGAAAGAAGCCGGACAGUACAUCACAAUCCAGUGCAGAAUUACCACUCGUCAAGACAGUCUGAAUUUAAAAAAGGGCAUCAACAAGGAGACUGUUAUUGUUACUAUAGACGGAGCCACAAAAAAAGAGACUGUUGUUGCAGAAAUGAGGGAAAGAGUUCAGAUACAUGAAAAAUUCCCCAAUGUGGAUAUUCUCAUCAAAAACUUAAGCAGAAGUGACACUGGACCGUACUGGUGUGAAUAUACAGGAACAGACGAAACAAUGUACACUCAACAAACGACAACAGGCGACGGGUCUGUGCUGCUGGUGGUGCCUGGAGACAGCCAAGCAGCAGCACCAACCAAACCGCCGAAGGAAUGUGAUCCAUCACGUCUGAGCAUGGCGGUGGUAUAUAUUGUCAUCGCUGUUGCCGUCCUCUUCAUCAUUAUGAUCUUCUUUAUCGUGUGGAUCAUGCGCAAGAACAAGACCUCAGACAACAUGGUGAAACCGAGGCGUAUGGAAAAUGAUGUUUAUGAGGACAUGCGAGGAACCAUCAGGCGCUGAGGAUACGAGACUGCAGGAAGCUGACAUGCCUGAAACUCUUGAAACCGCGGAGCACAGAGACAGAAGUGAUGCAGGUUACACAACACUGCAGCUCCUGCGCGUCUCGAACAAAUGCACACUUUAAAAAGCCAAGCCUGUGUGUUGACGCAAGAGCAUGUCAGUAACAACAAAGAAGGGAACGGAUAAAGUGGUCCGGAAAAUACUUUGUAAAUGUUGUCUAUAUAGUUUUUCUAAACUAGAAAACAGAAGUAUUAUGUGUAGCACAGACUUUUUGAAAAUCUUAUAAUUAUGUUUUAUUUUUAUUUUAUUUUAUUUUUUUUGUAACGUCUUUAGAGAAUGUUGUACUUGAAAAGAAAAAAAGAAAAAAGGGGAGCAGGAAAAUAAUAAUAAACCCAAUCAAACUCAGGGAACAGGAGGGGUUUUAAACAAUUUCAUCCACGGAAUCUUCUAUUCUGUUCUCAGACGUCUUCAGUAACAAUCAGGUCAUGACACGGCGUCUACGCUGAGUUUGUGAACAUUUUCAAAACGUAUAGAUGUCUUGUGAACUUGUCAACGCAGGUUUCAACUCACUGAUCUCUUAGUUAUUUUAGGACCAGCAGUGUCACCAAACUAUGAUGCUCUCUGUUAUAUAGGGCUUGUAAAAAUAGUCUUGAACAUUUCCAGCAGACGGCGGGUGUCUACAAUCAACAGGUUCUAACUAAGUUUCUGCCAAAGGAAUAUUACACAUCCGAAUAGAUUUCAAUAGAUUUGCACAUAGUAGUAGGAAGAAAUCAGUGAAAUGGUUUUUUUUAGAUUGUGGUUCUUCCAGUAUUUUGGUGAUGAAAAUAUGUUUUGUAAUAGACUAAAGAAUAAAUUCUUGGUGCUAUUUAACAGUACACUGUAAAGUAGCUCAAGGUUUGUUUUAGCGCUAUGUAGGAUACCAUACUAUGUAUGUAAUAGAAUUGUCUGUAUUUUCUAAUCUACAUCAAUAAAAGUUUUGCCAAGUU